GCGGCGGUGAAUCGUGUCGAUAAAAUUAUGUCCGGCGACUCGUGUACAUAAAUUAAAACAAUAUUCUUUGAUCAUAAUCUGCAUCGCGUAGUUUGUUUUAAUAAUCGUGAUAGCCGGCAUUAUUUUCGAUUAACGAUGGCUGAAUCGUUGUUUAGCAAAACUGUGAAAAUAGCAUCUGUUGUCACAGCUUAUUGGGUGAUAUCAAUCUCGAUGGUAUUUUUGAACAAAUACCUACUGAGCAGUCCCGAUUUAAAGCUCGAUGCACCGCUAUUUGUCACUUGGUAUCAAUGUGUUGUGACCGUCAUUUGUAUAUAUUUCUUGAGUUUUCUUGGUGAUAAAUAUCCGAGGAUUGGAAAGUUUCCUGCAUUUUCCAUAGACCUUAAAAUAUCCAGGCAGAUUCUGGCUUUGUCUGUUGUGUUUGUUGGAAUGAUCACAUUUAACAAUCUCUGUCUCAAACAUCUUGGCGUGUCCUUUUACAAUGUUGGCCGCUCGUUGACAACCGUAUUCAAUGUUCUUUUCACAUUUCUUGUUCUUGGUGUGAAAACCUCGUGCAAAGCAAUUGCAUGCUGUGCGGUCAUUAUCAGCGGUUUUGUACUUGGUGUUAACCAAGAAGGUAGUUCUGGGGAACUGUCUUAUUCUGGUGUAGUUUUUGGUGUCUUUGCAAGCCUCUGUGUUUCGUUAAAUGCGAUUUAUACAAAACGAAAGUUGGAUAUUGUCGACAACAACAUCUGGCGUCUUCAAUUGUACAACAAUUUUAAUGCUAUCUUCCUUUUCCUUCCGUUGAUGGCUAUAAUGGGGGAGUUUUCUGUGAUUUAUAACUUUCCAAUGAUAACCAGUGGGUAUUUUUGGGGUGUUAUGACGCUAUCCGGGAUCUUCGGAAUCGCGAUUGGUUACGUCACCGGCUUGCAAAUCAAGGUAACAAGUCCGCUGACACACAACAUCAGUGGCACUGCCAAGGCAUGUGCUCAAACCAUAUUGGCAGUGUUCGUCCACCAAGAGGUUAAGACAUCGUUAUGGUGGCUUAGCAAUGGUCUGGUCAUUGGUGGAUCUGGUAUGUACUCCAAGGUACGACACGAUGAAAUGAAGAAGAACAUUAGCACUCUUCCUGUGACCAAUGAAAAUAAUGAAGAGUCAAAAAAUCCUUCUGAUGGCGGCGGGAAACAAUGAUUUUCAUUUUACUCUAUCCUUUCCAUUCUGCUAUAUCUUGUAUUUUAGAUAAAAUCCGUUUGUAGAGAAAAUGAAAAAUAUGAUGCAAUUUGUGAUUUGACUUUAACUGAUCUUUUCUGAAUUUCGUUAUAAAUAGUUUUAAACAGUUAGUAGGCAAACAUCUCAAAUGUAAGGUUGAAAAGACCAAUAUAUCCUAGCAACAUAUGACGAUUGUCUUUUCUACCCUGUAGAUUUGCGGUUAGAAUAUUGCACGAUGCCCUAUCUUAUGAGAGUAUCGAUGACUUUGCUUUUCACUAAUGUUCCUGCUUAUUGUAGAAACAUUAUAGUAUGAUACUGUAAUUCAACUUUAUACAUGAAAUCAUUUAUUAGUAAUGUUCUAAAAUAAACAUUAAUGUUUCA